GGGCGUGGAUUUUUAGGUUGGCGCCGCCCGCCCGCUCCGGAUUUCUCCACCUCUUUUCUCAUCCUCUAUUUUUCUCAUUCCUUCUGCAUCAGGCUUGUUUUUCUUUUUGGUCCUUUUUUCCCUUCCCCCUUUUUCUCCGCCCACCCUGGAGCAAAAAAGGCGGCCUGCAUUAAAACUAUUGCAAAAUAAUAUUCUUAUUGGCCGGUGCCUCUGUGACCACGUUUAACUGCAGGAGCCAUGCCUUUCCUUCCAGUGGAUCUUUUGUUGUUGUUGCUCCUCGUCUUUCAUGUGGCCAGAUGUGAAGAGGAGGCUGCUAUUCCGGAGCUCAGCUCCCAGGAGCAUCUCAGCACCUUGCCAAGGUCGAAAGCAGCAUUGGUUUAUUUUAGGAAGGACAUGUCUCCGUCGGCUGAGGUUUUCUUGGAACAGCUAGAAAACUCCGUAGAAGCCCUUCGAGAUUACGGGAUUUCAGUCUUAAAGGUGAACUGCCACAAAGAAGGGGAAGCCUCACAUUACUGCAGGGAAGAUAAUUCUUUGGGGAAAGCGUACCUGUUCAGGGGCCACGUGCUGCUUCGGGAGCUGCCUAUGGACGCCUUGUUCAGUGUGGAUGCCAUUGUGGCCAAUGUCCUUUUCGCCCUCCUCUUCAAUGAAGUGAAGUAUCUGCGGACCCUGGAAGACCUCCAGAAGCUGGAAGACUCUUUAAAGGGCCGGUCAGAUCUGGUUUUUGCUUAUGUCCAAGCAAUUGGGACUUCAGAGCACAGAGUGGUGAUGGAGGCGGCUUUUGUCUAUGGUUCGUUCAAGUUUGCCUUAACCACCGAAGUGGCCCUUCUGAGGAGCAUUCGCAGCGGAGAACCCGAAGUCCCCUCUUCACAGCUCUUUUUCUGCCAUUGUGCCGUGCAAACGGAUCCAUCCCAGCCAUGCCGAAGGACCCGGAUGGAGUGGCCACUGACCACGCUGAGCGUCCACAAGUUCCUGAAGCUGAUGCGGGAACCCCUCGUGAUGGAAGUGGCUGAAGACCCUCAAAAGGUUUCACCGCCUUCCUUGCAGCUGGGCCUCCCCCUGGUCUUCAUUCUGACCCACAAAGAGACUUUGGAAGCUGACCGGAGCACAGCCGAGUCGCUGGCCUGGAGGCUCUUGGGCAAAGCCGGCGUUCUCCUUUUGCCACGGAGUUCUGCUGGUCCGGACAUUCUUCCCCAGCAUAACGUGGCCAUCAGGACGGCUGAAGAGGGCACCCCUGUUCAGUACCUGGUUUUGAAAGAUGUAGAUGAGAUCGUUGCCUUGGUGGAAGGGGAUAUGCAACCAUUGGAGGAGGAGAAGGAGUAUGAAGAAGAGUACGAAGAUGAAGAGUAUGCAGAACAAGAGAUUGAGGAUGACCAAGUGGUGGAAUCCGUCAUCAGAGACCGGAAAAACGAACUCUCCUUCGAAAACAUCCAGACCUUGACAGAGGAAUCCUUCGGCUCCAUGCUCGCAAAGGCCAACCCCAUCGCGGUGCUGUUUUACGCCAGCUGGGAUGCUGUUUCACUGGUCGUAAUGCAGACCUACGUUGAGGUGGCAGCUCAGCUGAAAGGAUCUUCCGCUAUCUCUCUUGCACGGGUCAACUGUUGGGAUUGGCCGCACGUUUGCACACAGCAGAAUGCCACCCAGUUUCCUGUCCUUAAGGUGUUUGCUAAAGAACGGAGGUGGAUGUCGUAUUCGGGGAUGUGGGGGACCCAGGAGAUGCGCAGAUUCAUAGAGCUAAGCGAAAUCCCUUGCCCAAUGAGGCUGAUGUCUCCAAAGGAAGUGGAAGAAUAUUUAAGCUUCAAGCUCCUGCCAUACCGUCAUGCUACUGUCUUGGGACUGUUUGAUCCAAGUAUGACGCAAGCAAGAGAGGCCUUCAUUGAAGCUGCCAAAGUGCUGGAAGGAACUGUCAUCAUUGGGAUCUACUACGAAGAAGAUGCGACCACUCUCUCUCAAAAAUAUAACGCCCCUCUUCCAGCACUGAUCUUUGCCAAGCCUGAAACUCAGAAGCAGGGCUUUGUUCACCUUUCGAAUGACGAGACCCGGGACAUUAUCAAAUCCAUUCGCCGUGUGCUUUUGGAAACAUUUCCGGAAAUCACCGUGGGAAACCUGCCCGAGUUUUUCCAACUGGAGAAGCCCUUGCUCAUCAUGUUCAGCGAUGGGGCAUUGAGCGAAAGGGACGAAGGAGAAAUGAGGCAUUUGGCUGAAGAAGAGACGAACAAAUCCUUCGUUGUCUGCUGGCUGAACCUCAAGAACACGCCUGCAGGUCGAGGAAUAUUGAAGGCCUAUUUUGGAAGCUCGGUCCCUCCUCUUCCGCUCCUUCUCUGGAUCAAUCUCCACUCCGGGGGCCAAGUGUUCGCCUUCCCAUCCGAUCAAUCUCUUUCAGAAGCCAAUGUCCGAACGUGGAUUGAGGAGCUGAAGGCCGGCCGGGAAAUCCCAAGCGCUGUGCUGUCUGAAGAAGACUGGAAGCCUCGCCUCCCCGCCUAUGACUUCCUGAGCAAGAUGGGACCCGCGCUGCCCGAAUUCACCAUUUACAGUGGGAGGACUCCUGUAGGCAAUGGCCCAGAAGAGGUGGAUGUCCUGGGAGACAAAAAAGAAGGAGUGAGGAAGGAGCCCAUGGAAGAAGGAGCCCCGGAGGCAGAAGGGGAGAAGAGGGUCCCAUCCAAGGGGGACCUGCGAGGGACAGUCCCACGCCUGGCCUCCCGGGAGAAGCCCCCCAAGCACCACACAGAGCUAUGACGCUCACCAAGACUUCCAGGAAUCAUGAAGAUCCAAAACAACUGUAGCAGAUUGGAGGGCUGGGAUAAGACUUAACAAAAUGAACUUCGAUGUGGACAAAUGUAAGGUACUACACUUGAGCAGAAAACCUGAAAUGCACAGGUAUAUAGGAUGGGUGUUGUACUCUAGCACGGAAAACACCUUUUCGGACGGCGCCAUACCAGAGUCCAGUAAUUAUAUCUAAAAAUAUAUAUUUAUUGACAAAAGCAUGUAGAAAGGGGAAAAGGUUGUUUCAAAAGAGAUCAGCAGAACAGGAAAUACAAAAUAAUAGAAAUCCAAAAAUGCCAAAGUACAUAAAAUCAAGAGAACUAAAAUCCACAGCAGUACUUUAUCCAUAAAUCAGAAAGCAAGAAGCAAAUCCUUCAAGGAAACAAAGACAUUUAUUUGUUUAUUUACUACAUUUAUAUCCCGCUCUUCUCACCCCGAAGGGGACUCAAAGCGGCUUACAAAUCAAAUGUACAUACAAUAUAUUAUUAGCAUAGCACAAUAUAAGCAUUAAAUUACUAUAUUGUACUAUAUCAUUAGAUGGCAAUAUUAUUAGUAAUAUUACAUUUAAUAUAUAAUAUAUAAUUAAUAUUAUUAUAUUAUUAAUAGUACAAUAUUGUAUUACAUUAUACAGUAGAGUCUCACUUAUCCAAGCUAAACGGGCCGGCAGAAGCUUGGAUAAGCAAAUAUCUUGGAUAAUAAGGAGGGAUUAAGGAAAAGUCUAUUAAACAUCAAAUUAGGUUAUGAUUUUACAAAUAAAGCACCAAAACAUCAUGUUAUACAACAAAUUUGACAAAAAAGUAGUUCAAUACGCAGUAAUGUUAUGUUGUAAUGACUGUAUUUAUGAAUUUAGCACCAAAAUAUCACGAUAUAUUGAAAACAUUGACUACAAAAAUGGCUUGGAUACUCCAAAAGCUUAGAUAAGCAAAGCUUGGAUAAGUGAGACUCUACUGUACAUAAAAUCAAGAGAACUAAAAUCCACAGCAGUACUUUAACUAUAAAUCAGAAAGCAAGAAGCAAAUCCUUCAGGGAAACAAAGACAUUUAUUUAUUUACUACAUUUAUAUCUCGCUCUUCUCACCCCGAAGGGGACUCAGAGCGGCUUACAAAUUAAAUGUACAUACAAUAUAUUAUUAGCAUAGCACAAUAUAAGCAUUAAAUUACUAUAUUGUACUAUAUCAUUACAUGGUAAUAUUAGUAAUAUUACAUUUAAUAUAUAAUUAAUAUUAUUAUAUUAUAUUAUAUUAGUAGAAUAUUGUAUUACAUUAUAAUAUUAUCAAUAUUAUAAGUAUAUACAAUAUAUUAUAUAUGUAUAAAUUAUAAAUAUGAACCAGGUAACUUGAGAAUACUUGAAUCAUGAACUUGAGAACCGAGACAGGAGAUCCAUUCCUAUGGCGACGUUGUCUCCACUGAAAGGCAUGAAGCCAGUACUUCUUAAUUUAAGUCCAACCAAGUAGCCAUGACGUCAUGUCGAACACACCUGGGCUUCAAGGUCUUCUCAUAAAGUCUCCCAGAGCGUGUAACAAAAAUGGAGAGGAUUUGGGGGCAGAAUGUAUUGAUGGCAUUUCAGUAGGAAAGUUUUCUUUGAGAUAAGAGCAUUUUGAGUUAAGAGCUCAGUCACAGAACAAAUUUAACUCUUAAGUCAAGGUAUCACUGUAUUACAAUGAGGAUUGUACAGUUUUGCAGCAUAACUCUGUGAAUGUAAAGUUAUGGUCUGUUUCAAUGAUGGUGUCAUGGAUAGAGUGGAUGAGGGUUUGUGGGGUGACGGUGCUCAGCCAGGAACAUCAACUCCCUCAGCCAUGUCUAGAAGGAAGAUUUACUCAGCCUGAUGGCCAAAACAUCAGAGGUUUGGUUGAUGAGGCUGAGGAAGUGUUAAUAGUGUGUUCCUUUGUGGAAACAAGGAAAGAAAAGGCUUGGCUGAGGAGAUCAGCAAGUCUCGUUGAGAAGAAGGCCAGCAACAGGGAUCAGGGUUAGCCGAUUGCUGGUGGCAACUUCUUUAUCCACGUCUGGACCUUGGAACCUUGUAUCUCAUGUACCUUUUUACACUUUGGACUGCUCCUGGACUACGGCUCUUGACUUCUGGACACAACCACAUUGCUUGGAACUCUGGUGUUUGGCUUUGAACCUGGACUGGACACUUGGCUUUUGCUUCUGCUCGUUCCCGUGGGUUCUGUUUCUAUUUUUGUGGACUUUUGACUUGACUUUGGACUGUAAUACACUCCUGUCAGUGUUUUGAGGUUGAGGCUCAAGACAGAUGGGAAUAUCUCAACCAUGCCUUCACUAGGAUUUCCUUUGAGUGCAAUGAUUUUAUGGGCAGCUUGCUCUGAAUUUUGAUUUCUGGAGAGAGUUCAGCUCUUGAUGCUUUCUUUUUAAAACGGAUGCUCCAAAAAUGUCAGAUGUGGACUUUAAUAAUAAUAACGAUAAUAAUAAUAAUAAUAAUAAUAAUAAUAAUAAUAAUAAUAAUAAUAAUAAUAUAUUCCACCAUUCUUCCCAAUGGGACUCAGAGUAGUUUACAGCAUAUAAACAGACACAGGCUAACAUCCAGUGCCUUGUUACAAUGAUAUACAAUGAGACACAAAGACACAGACAAAGGCAAAGGCUUCUCCUUUCAUUUCCGCUCUGGAGGCGGUGCUCAUCUCUGGCUUUGGGGGAGUUGCUCUUCUCAAUUUCCAAGCCGAGGAGCCUGCAUUGUCUGUAGACACCUCCUGGUUGUGUGGCUGGCAAGACUGCUUGGAGUGUCUUUUUGCCUUUUCCCAUGAAGCGGUACCUAUUGAUCUACUCACAUUUGCAUGUUUUUGAACUGCUAGGUUGGCAAGAGCUAGGGUGAACAGCGGGAGUUCGCCCCAUCCCAUGGAUUCGAACUGCCAACUUUCAGGUCAGCAGUUCAGCAGCUCAAGGGUUUAACCCAUUGCGCCACCGUGGCCCCAGAUUUGGCUUUGAAUCUGGAUUGGACACUUUGAGUUCUGUUUCUAUUUUUGUGGACUUUUGGCUUCACCAGGAUUUCCUUUUAGUGCAAGGUUUUCAUGGGGAGCUUGCUCUGGAUCUCGAUUUCUGGAGAGAGUUCAGCUCCUGGUGCUUUUUAAAAUACAUAUGCUCCCUACAGGAUUGUCAGAUGAAGACUUUAAGAGUAUUAAUUUUAAGAUGAAUCAUUAUAUGAUGCCGACUGUAAAGAUGUUGUAUGCCCAGAACUGAAAAAAAAUCAUUUGCCUAUAAAAGAAGAAGGAAUUUUACACAUUUUUCAAAUGGCAGAAUGGACAAAUUAUUUAUUUCAGGUUAUAGAGAUUAUUGGAUAAAUUCUUUAAAGUCAUUUGUGAAGAGGGAAAAAUAGAAGAUCAUACCUUUGGGUAUUUAAAGAUUGAAAUACAGUAUUGUACAGACAUAAUAUGACACAGCAAAUGAGAUAUAUAUGCUGGAUUUCGUAUCACAGAAUCACAAAAAUUAUUAUUAUUAUUAUUAUUAUUAUUAUUAUUAUUAUUAUUAUUAUUAUUGACACAACGACAUUGUAUGACACAGCAAACAAGAUAGAUAUGCUGGAUUUCGUUUCACAAAACCACAAGUCGAACACUUCCCAAGUGUUUAGGACUGUGUGAUUUAUGAUGCGCGCAGAUCCCAGUCGGGUGGCCUUUUGCAGUUGGCAGAUCGUAAUUUUGUCAAUGUCUCUUGUUUCCAAAUGCCGAGAGAUCUUUUGGCACGGCACCCAGUGUGCCCAUCACCACCGGGACCACCUGCACUGGUUUAUGCCAGAGCCUUUGCAGUUCAAUCUUGAGGUCCUGAUAAUGGCUGAGUUUUUCCUGUUGUUUUUCAUCAAUCCGACUGUCACCUGGGAUGGCAACAUCAAUGAUCCAAACAUUGUUGUUUUCCACAACCGUGAGGUCUGGUGUGUUGUGCUGCUGUAAGAAAAUCACACAGACAGACUACAAAUAGAGACACAAGAAAAUCGCACAGACAGACUACAAAUAGAGACAAUAGAGACCCGAAUGAUUCAUUGGAAGAAUUAUUAUUAUUAUUAUUAUUAUUAUUAUUAUUAUUAUUAUUAUUAUUAUUAUUGUCUUGCUUUGCUCUUUUAUAAGAGGCUCAAAGCAGCUCCUGUGUCCAUGUGGAUCCUUUCUGGCACACAAACUCCAUGGGUAAAUGAGAUGGAAGAUAACAGAAUAAUAAUAAUAAUAAUCUACUUUAUUUAUAUUCCGCUCUAUCUCCCCAAGGGGACUCAGGAUGGAGUACAGAACAUAUAUACGGCAAACAUUCAAUGCUGUUAUACAGUUAACAAGGACAGACAAUGCAUAGACAGAGGUAAAGGCUUUCCCCAUCUUUUUUCCAUUCUUGGCAUCUGGAGGCUGUGUUUGUCUCCGACCCCGGGGAUAUGUGUGUGUUUGUGUGCUGUUGCUCCAUUUUCCAUUCUGAAGAGCUAUUAGAUGCCUUCCGGAUCGAAUUGCCUUAUGGGCGCCUUUUAUAACCUCCCCACUUUUAAAGCAGUACCUAUUUAUCUACUCACAUUUCUGCUUUCAAUCUGCUAGAUGGGCAGGGAGCUGGGGUUGAUGGCGGGUGGUCACCCUGACCCGGGCUUGAACUACAAACCAUUCAAUCGGCAGGAUUUUCUAUAGCUUAGCUAAGCCCGGACCUAAUUUAUAUUUCUGAAUCCUAUAUUUUGACUAUACGUGGGCUGGAAGCAUACCAUAGAAUUGCAUUGGAGGCCCUGAGAAAAGCCCACAAACGCAUCCAGAGAGGAUAUUUUGCGGAACAUGAAUAAGUGAAAUCAUGGAUAUCGAGUCUGUGGAUAAGGGGGGAGCACUGUAUUUUUAAUCAAACAGUACAGCUAGGUUAAAUAUAUUCUGUCUUUGGUUUGGAAGGUGAAAAGUCAAUUUUUAAAAAUGCCCUUUAUGGGAAGGGAGAUUAGGAUAGUUAUUUGUACUAUUUAUGUUUUUUUAGUGGAUUUGUUAGUGUUAUUGUAAUGUAUUGUUUAUGUACUAAUAAAGAUUGUUUUUUCAAACCCGG